AUGUCCACCGCUUCCUCUUCUCGUCCGUCCAUUCCCUCAACAACAAAUCCCAGCGCUGGUUACGGUACCCCGUUGUCGUCUCUCCUGCUCCCGAAUUUCAAGCCGAAGCAGGUCAAGCCCUCACACGCCUUCAACUCUUACACCGGCUUCACGAAAAGCGUCACCCCCUCAACCGCCUCACCAGCCAGCAGCGCCGCGUCCAGCCCGAAAAUGACUGCCUCCCUCCCCCCGCCGUCCAAGCUCGACGAGGGCCACCCCUGCGUCACCGAUAUCUCCGAGGCCAUUGGCGGCAAGGCGAACGUUGAGCGCCUGCACCGCACCGCGCGGGAUUUCCGCAGUGACACCUUCACGAUGCCGUCAGACGCCCAGAUGAUGGAGGGUGUUCGGGCGUCCCGCGGCGACGACGUUUACAUGGAGGACAGCGCGACGGCGGCGCUCGAGGAGCGCAUCGCCAAGAUGGCCGGCAAGGAGGCUGCACUUCUCGGUGUGUCGGGUACGAUGACGAAUCAGCUCGCCAUCCGAACGCACAUGAAGCAGCCCCCGCACUCGAUCAUCACCGACAACCGCGCCCAUGUCCAUCUCAUGGAGGCUGGUGGCAUUGCUGUCUUCUCGCAGGCCACGACACACGCCCUCGCCCCCUCCAACGGUCUCCACCUCACUGUUGAGGACAUCGAGCCCGCCCUCCAGCUCGGUACCAAUAUCCACAUCGCCCCGACCAAGCUCAUCUGUCUCGAGAACACUCUCUCCGGCAUUGUGUUCCCUCAGGACGAGGUCGUGAGGAUUGGUGAGCUUGCCAAGAAGCAUGGCGUUGCUAUGCACCUUGACGGUGCUCGCGCUUGGAACGUCGCUGCCGCUGAGCUCGAGCGCCGCGGCCUCGACCCGAACAGCGAGGAGGACAGGACGACCGUCCUUUCCGACAUUCUCGCUCCCUUCGACACCGCGUCCCUCUGUCUGUCCAAGGGUGUUGGUGCCCCGAUCGGCUCCGCCAUUGUCGGUUCGAAGGAGUUUAUUGAGCGCGCCAAGUGGUUCCGCAAGAUGUUCGGUGGUGGCUGGCGCCAGUCUGGCUCUCUCGCCGCCCAGGCCGACUACGCUCUGACGCACCACUUCCCUCGUCUGGCCGGCACGCACGCCCUCGCCCGAAGGCUUGCCGAUGGCCUGAAGGAGGCGGGCUGCGACAUUGUUGCGCCCGUCGACACGAAUAUGGUCUUCUUCGACCCCGCCCCGGCUGGCAUCAACCUUGAACAGGUCGCCGCUGCCCUGGCUGAGCUCCCGGACCCGAUCACGAUUGGCGCGAACCGCCUCGUUCUCCACCACCAGACCUCGCCCCAGGCUGUCGAGGACUUCAUCCAGGUCGUCAAGGACCUCGCCGAUGCGGUCGACCCGGAGGACAGGCCGACGAAGCGCCAGAAGCUCGGCGAGAAGGACGGCCGCAUCAGGCUCCAGGUCACCGGCAACUACACGACCGACAAGUAG